AUGACCCAGCUGUCUACAUACAAAGAGAAGACUGUCGAAGCUGUGAGGACAUCCCUGUUGAUCGUGAUGCUUCUUGGCUUCUGCUUCUUCCUGUACUUCAUAAAAAGUUUGUUGAGCGUCUAUUUCACCACCGAACACAUCCGAGAUAACUCCCGCUACAUCCUCUUUGCCCACAUGCUCAUCACGGAUACGGUGUAUCUGUUUUUAUGUUUCUUUCUGGCGGCCUGUUCACUCUACUUCGUGUAUCUCCCAUUUUCAGUCUGUUACACAACCGUAGCUGCAACUACGACUUCUUUCAUUGUGACUCCAUACAACCUGGCCGUUAUGUCACUGGAACGCUACGUGGCCAUCUGCUUCCCGCUGAGACACGCAGAAAUUUGCAGCGUGCAGAAUACCUGCAUUGCCGUGGCAGUCAUGUGGGUAGUGGGUUUGGUCUCUCCGACUGCCGAGCUCAUAGUUUUGCUGCUUUUGGUUAAAAAGGACGUUUUCUCCCUGAAGGUCCAAUGUAGUUCUAUGGCAAUAAUGAUAGUUCCACCACAAAAUUCCUUAAGAUUCCUCAGCAUUGUACUCAGCCUCUCGGCGGUUGGGACGAUCCAUAUGUUGACGUAUAUUAAGGUCGUCAUCGCGGCCAAGAAAGUGAGCUCAGGUACUUCAUCAGCCUCGAAAGCGGGACGCACUGUCAUGCUCCACGCCUUCCAGCUACUAUUGUGUAUGACUUCUCUCUUCUCCUCGUUCAUCGACAUGACCUUCGCUGACAGCAUCGUCUUCCUGCGCAUGGCUUUCUUUUUUGUGUUCAUGUUCCUGCCGCGGUUCCUCAGUCCUUUGAUUUAUGGGUUACGUGACGAGGUCUUCCGCAAGUAUCUAAAAAAGUUACGCUCAAAAUAA